AUGCGACUAUUGAAAUUUUUUUAUGUAAUUGUCUUCUUUUGUAUUCUCGCGACACGACUUAUCCUGUCUCCAAUCCCGAAGAGAAAAAGAGUUUUUGGUGGCAACCACCAUAAACACCAUAAUCUAUUACUCAACCCAACCAUGUCCCUUCAAAAGCUUACAGCUGAAAUAUACAGUGUCUAUGAUAAACAAGACUAUCAAAAAUGUCAACAACUUCUAGCACCUAUCAAAAUAGAAUUGAUCAAACACAACUUGUUAGUACCAUUGAGUUCCAACACUCAAACUGAAGAUCAAAUCAAUGAUUUGAAAAUAGCUCAAAGAAUAUUGGAAAUAGGUGCAUUAUCAUCGUUAUUUACAAACAACUAUUCAGGGUUUGAGAGUUAUUUUGCUCAAUUGAAGCCAUUUUAUACUAAUGAUAAAAUUCACAACAUAAAUAAACCUCAUAUUAAUACCGAUAGUACCAAGAUCAUAUCUUUGUUUUUAUUGUAUCUUUUAAGUCAAGGUUCGAUUUCAAAAUUUAACGUUGAAUUGGAAAUGAUUUACAAUUCAAAACAAUACGAUAUUGAAAAUGACAAGUAUUUGAGAUUCCCCAUUGAUUUAGAAAGAAAUUUAAUGGAGGGUAACUAUAUCAAGAUUUGGAACUUGUUAAAAGAAGAAAAGAAUUUACCAUGUAAAGAAUUUACUCAUUUUGCUGACACAUUAAUCAAUGCCUUAAGAUUUGAAAUUGCUAAAAGUUUAGAAAAGACUUAUGAUGCAAUCCCAAUUUCCAACUGCAAGAGUUUAUUGUACUUGCCUCAAGAGUUAAGUGAUGCUACAUUUGAAACAACUUUAAAAGAAUCUUUGGAUUUAACAAAUUGGAAAUUUGAUCUGGGUGUGAUAUAUUUCACUAAAGUUGAAAAUGAAGAAGCUGUUGAUAAUGAAUCAAUAAUCAAAAAUGUAUUGGGAUAUGCUGAACAAAUUGAAUCAAUUAUAUAA